GUUCAUGUAAUUCUGUACCGUAGUCUUUUAACUGAAAACUUAACAGGCAUUAAACGAUCAGUUCGGUUGACCGAAAAACAAAUACUUCCUCCUAGUUCCUCCGCUACGCCUCAGAACGAUUUUGUUUGUUUUUUUUCGCUCAACCAAACUGAACGCUGUAAACCGACACUUUUGUAUAGUUAAACUUGUACGGUAUUCAUUACAUAGUUAUUGAACAUUUUACAUGAAUGAAAAGAACAGAACGGUAUUUCAUGGAUUUUAUAGUGUCUAAUAGUUAUUAUUAGGAUUACAUGUAGUGAUGAAUUAAAAAAAAAUAGUUUAGUCAAAGGGAGGAAGUCACCACAACAAAUUAAAAAGUGUUGUCUAGAGGACUGUUAAGCUAUGAGGUAUUUUCAUUUUAGACGAAACAGACGUGUAGCUUUACUACUCUUACUUGUGGUGACUUGGAUAUCAAUCACUUCAUACACUAGAGAGUCAGAGAGACAGACAUUAAUUCAGAACUAUCUCUUGGACAACCAAUGGCUCCUCACUGCGAAUGACAAUAACUUGGUAGGAAAACGAAACCAGAGUUGUGUUCAUCCGAACUUGCCACUGUGGAACACAGAAAUUGAAAAUCAUAUUACAUUUGUAGACCAAGUCAGAUGCUCAAAGGAACCAGACUGGGUUUACACCGGGAAUGGGAGAUUUUAUAUUUCUUUGUCCGCUGUGAAAAAACACGGCGAAAUAAAGUGUUCAUAUCAACCAAUUGUUAAUGAAAACGAAGAAUUUAAAAUCUUAGAUCCACAUUAUCCCAUGUUGAAUGGAAGCACGCUUGUGUCAGAUGCAUUUAAAGUCUCAUGUACAGCGUCAAAUGGAAACAAAUACUCCAAUAUGCACGCGUGCAUCGCACCACAGCCUUCGAGAAUGUCACGUGACUAUUCACCAAGAUCAGAAAACUUUAACGUUCUGAUGCUUGGAUUGGAUUCUGUAUCCCGUCAUAUGUACAUGCGUUUGCUACCGAAGACUCAUAAAUACUUCACGGAAGUUCUUGGUGGUUCCCUGCUAGAAGGUUACAACAUUGUCGGAGAUGGUACCACUCAAGCGUUAAUGCCACUUCUUACAGGAAAACGGGAAACAGAAAUACCGGAAACUAGACGAGGAAAGGCGGGUGCUAGAUACGUUGAUGAACUUCUUGAAUUCAUUUGGAAGCGAUAUGAAAAGAAGGGGUACGUAACUCAGUGGGCUGAGGACACCCCAGAAAGCAGUGCAUUCAAUCUGAGGCUCCUCGGAUUCAAGACCCAACCUGUUAUUCAUUACAUGCGACCCUUUUACUUGGCUUCAGCUCAGUCAAAAUCCAUCUUUUCAUUUUUGUUUAAAAAUCAGUACUGUUUUGGAUCAAAGAUAAGCUAUAAAAUAUAUCUGGACUGGCUUAAAGAAGGCUUAGAGACAAACAAAGCAAACAACUUCUUUUCAGCCGGCUUCAUAUCCGAGUAUAGUCAUAACAACAAUAGAGAUUUAAUGCUUAUAGACAAGCAUAACGUUCAAUUUCUAAAAUAUCUAAAAAAUCAUAACAUUUUAGAAAAUACAUUUGUGAUUGUCAUGAGUGAUCAUGGCCUUCGUUAUGGCUCAUUUAGAAUGACGGAACAAGGAAAGUUGGAAGAAAGAAUGCCUUACUUUGGAGUGUAUGCUCCAAAAAGGUUCAGGACAAAAUUUCCUGUUAAAUAUAAAGCUCUUGUUGAAAAUACAAAGCGCCUUGUAGUUCCCUCUGACAUCCAUAAGACUCUUUUAGAAAUAAUUGAUGAAAAAGGUGAAGAAACUGAAAGGUCUGUUUAUUCACUAUUCUCUCCAAUACCGGAAACACGGACAUGUUCAGAUGCUGGAAUUGACGCACACUGGUGUGCAUGCCUGAAAACACAGUCUGUUUCCGUUUCUCAUCCUAAUAUAAUAGCAUCAGCACAGAAGAUUUUAUCAGUUAUUAAUGAAAUGUUAGAAGAUUUUACUUCUCAGUGUUAUAGCCUAUCUUUACAGAAAAUUUUAAAAGCGGCUUCGCUAGAAACUGACACUAACGUACUAAAAUUUAAGCGAAGUGCCGACCGCGAUGGCCGUGUAGCGGAUCUUAGCGAUACGCUGGAUCCUGUAUUUGUUCACUACCUUGUAACCUUUGAAACUGUCCCUGGUUCGGCAGUGUUUGAAGCAAGUGCUUUAAUGAAUGUUAAAACAGGGCACAUAUCAGCUCGGGAAAAAGAAAUAAGCAGGUUAAAUAGUUAUAAUGAUGCACCAAAAUGCGUGGAAAAGUCUUAUCCAGCACUCAGGCCAUACUGUUUCUGUCGUUGACAAAACUCUAAUAAUGAAUCUGUCAAACGAAGCUUUAACAAGUGCCUUUCAAAAGAACUAUUACAAAGCAUUAACAAAUUUCAUCUAGGCAGGUUAUAACUGAAGCGUUAUUUACUAAAUACGGUGGCAAUAGCCUUAACUGAUAAUAAUUUACUUCACACAAAGUUUUGAUAUGGUCUCAAAAAGUAUCUCCUUAAAAUUGUCAGAGACAUAUGAGGCCAAGACAAUGUUUUUAACCUUUACCCUGCUAAAUUUC